UCAUCAGUAACGAAAGGUACUAAUUGAUGAAAAUUUGAUAAUAGUAAUGCAACAAAAUAAUCUAGGAUACAAGUGCGAUAACCUUUGAUGCAAUUAGAAAAAAUAUGCAAGCAUAGUGAAUAGAAAAUUGCGGUGACAAAUUCUUAGAGAGAGAGAGAGAGAGAGAGAAAAGAAGAUAAUGAUGGCUUAUUUUUUUACUGUUUCAAACGAACGUCCGGAGGUGCAUACAGUAAUAACUGCCACACGAGGUCUAAUGAAAAUAGAAAAAAGGUCGGAGUAAUUUGAAAUUUCAAAAAUGUUUGCAUAAUGGGAUUUGUCGUUCAUUCAGAUCUCUAAAGUUGAAGUUCUCGGGUAAUCUUUUGUUAUUCAUUCUACUCUCCUCUCUUCUCUUUCUACAUGCAACCAAAAGGCAACGAAAAUGGAUAGAAAAUCCUCUUCUUCUUUAUUUAUUUAUUUAUUUAUUUUUUGGAUAAAUAAACAUUUUGUUGAGUCACGGUAAUCACAAUGCAGAACCCAAAAUUUUGUCUGUAUUAAUACUAUUAUAUUUACGUUUAAUUUACAAACCCAAUUCUGAUUUACGCGAGCUCAUGUCAUGGUAUUGAUAAUUGAAUUUAUUGAAUGAUUUCACAGAGAAAUCUCAGUAUGCAUUAUAUAGGAUUCUGGAAUGGGUAGUCGAUUUGUGUGGAACGAGAUUAUACAUCUGAAAAUAUGGGUUUGUUUUCUCAAUUAUAUGUUCAAGUAUUGUGAUCGAGCAAUUGGUAACUAACAAAUAUUUUUUUAUUGUAUUGCAUCUUUAAAUUUGAUAGAGGCAUUUUUUGUUUAUAGGAAGAACUAAAGAGGAUUUUCAUCUUGUGUUUGAACGUAUAAGUUUAUGUUCACAUCAUUAACUUCUUGGAUUCAUUCCUUUUUUAUGCUUUGGUUCAGAAGGAUUGCUUACAUUUUCGAGCAGAAAUGGAAACGCAUCUGUGGAAGGAAUCCACGAAGAUCUUUGGGAACCAUAUCGAUCCUGUAAAAGAAGAGCAACUGGAAUGGAUAAAAAUAGAAAUUGAGAGUAAAGUGAAAAGGAUUUUGAAGCUAGCGAAAAAUAUAAAUCAAGGAAAUAAAGAUGGGAUUUCGAAGAAAAAAUCUGAACUUGUUCACCUCGUUGAAGAUUUCCAGAAGCAUUAUGAAUCCUUAUACUCUCUAUAUGAAGAUUUAAGAGGAGAGGUGAAGAAAAAGGUUAGUGGAGAUGAUUAUGAAAGUUCUGCUUCCACCACAGAUUCAGAGUUGUACUAUUCUCCAGAUGAGUUGAAUGAUAAAGACGGUAGUGAGAAUCCAGAAGUGCCAGAUGGUGAUCGUCACGAACUUGAAACUUCAGAUUUCGAAGAUACUAUUCUCAAGGACAAGUUAACUUCUAAAAGUGAAGUGAAGGAAACCAUAAUUUUGGGUUCAGAGUCAUCUUUCAGCAAUUUUCUGCAAUCCAGGGAAAUUCUUAUGGACCUCGGGAUUCAAAAUGAUGAGUCCGAAAGUACAAAGAAAGUAUUAUUGGAUUCAUCUGUCUUGUUAAAGAGAAAAUUGGUUGAAAGAGAGGAACUGUUGUCGCUCGUGAAAGAGUUAGAGGGCCAGGUUGAAAAAUGGAAGCUUCAGACUGAAACGCUGUCAACGCAGAAAAGAAAACUAGAGGAGCAAAUUAAGUGCAAGUCGAAUGAAGCUGAGGAAUUGAAGGUACAAAAUUCUAGAUUGGAGGCUCGUGUUUUGGAGCUCGAAGCUACAUUCAAAGAGAAAGAAAGUCAAUUUUCUGAUGUGGGAAAAAAAUUCGAGGAAAAUAAGAAGUUCUAUUUGUCUAGAAUUGAAAACCUCGAGGCUCAGGUGAACGAUCUGCAGCUUGAAGUAAAAACUUCAUACGCUCAGACAGACAAACCGGAAGAACAGUUGUCAUUCGAAGACCUAGCGGAAAGAGUUAAUCUUUUACAGCAGGAACUGGAGUGCUUGAGAAGUCAGAAAGCUAGAUUGGAGUUAGAACUUGAAAUGAGAUCAAAAGAAACAUCAGAAUGCCUAAUUAAGAUCGAAAAUUUGAACGAUUUAGAACUUGAGGUUCGUUCUUUAAGUAGUCAGAAGAGUGACUUGGAAGAUCAGAUAAUGAGCAUAAAUCAUGAAGCUUAUCAAUCACAGGCAGAAAAUGAAGAUCUGCAUGCAAAAAAAUUCGAAUUGCAGAAAAUACUUUCAGAAAGAGAAAAUGAACUGGCUACGCAAAUGAGGAAACUUAAGGAUAACCAACAAACUGAAAAGGACAGAUCGCAGCUGGAGUCGAAAACCUUGCAAAAUGAGAAGAGCAGAUUACAGAUGGAGCUUGAAAAAGAGAAAUCUGAGAAAGAAAAAAGGAUAAUUGAGUUAAACAACAAAAUUUGUGAUCAGCAGAGGAUUCAGAUAGAACUGGAGGAUAUGGUGAGCAAGUUAAAAGACGAAAACAAACAAGUUCAAUCAAGGUUGGCAGAUUCCAAGUCGAACUUCUUGAUAGCCGAAAGGAAGGUUGAAGAAAUGGUAGAAGAGCUGAGAAAACAGUUUGAAGACAAUCUCAGAAUCUUGAGCCGUAGAAUUAGGGUCGCAGAACAAUUGCAUAUGGAGAACAAAGAUUGGUAUAGGAAGAAAAGGGAAAUGUACGAACAAGAAAACCGAGAUAUAUUACACGCAGCAAAGGACGUGUUGAAUUCCUUAGAUACAGUGACAUUAAAGCUUGAAGAGUGUAAUGCAAAUUUCUUGAACCGAAUUUCAAAAGCUUCUUGCGAGCUGAAAUUCGUUAAGGAUUUUGCAAUGAGGAAAAACAAUACAUUAGUACACGUAAGGGACGAUUUAGAUUGUUUGAUCGCGCAGUUAGACGAUAAGGAAGCUGAAAUACUAGUAUUCAGAGAGAGGCUUUGGAAGGCAGAAAAUAAAGUGAGAGAAGUGGAGAAAAUGAUAGAGGAGAAAGAAGAAGCCAUGCUAAUACUUCAAGAGGAAAAGAGGGAGGCAAUUAGGCAGUUGUGUGUAUGGAUAGACUAUCACCGCAGUCGGUCCGAUUAUUACAAGAAAAUGUUGUCCGAUUUCACUCCACCUUGUAGGAGGACGGCAUCUUAGGUACAGUGGAGGAUGACAAGUCGACGUCUAAUUUAACUUUUGCCAUCAGAUUUUUGCCAUUUUUGUCAUCAUUCACCACCAAUUCUGUUCAUUCUUUCUACAUGAAGACAGUUUAUGUUGAAUAAAGAUUUUAGGGGCCUGCCAUUACAGUUGGAUACCACCUA